CCUGCAUCCCCCUCCCCUCCCGCACCUCUCCUUCCUCCGGCUCCUGGGAAAGAGAGAAGCCACCGCUGCGGGUGGGUGGGGUAGCCCGGGGCGCCUUUGGCAGGGGAUCGCAUCCGUCGGCACCAAGUCCCGGAGCACGGCCAGACCAGGUUACAAACUAUCCUCCUAUGCAUGAAAUCUACAAACUCCAAGAACUAAUCAAUGGUUUUUCAUCUCCUGGAGAUAUAUUAGAACAUAAAUAUGGUACCCAAAGAAGAACUUAUCUUUCUCUGACUACAUUUUAUUUGACUAUACUUUUAUAUUGAAGAGAAGUAUACACACUGAGACUGCUUGUACUGACUGUCGAGUAAGAUCAUGGACCAUCCUAGUAGGGAAAAGGAUGAACGGCAACGGACAGCUAAACCCCUGGCACAGAGGAGUGCACAUUGUUCUCGACCAUCGGGCUCAUCAUCAUCCUCUGGGGUUCUUAUGGUGGGACCCAACUUCAGGGUUGGCAAGAAGAUAGGGUGUGGGAACUUCGGAGAACUCAGAUUAGGUAAAAAUCUCUACACCAAUGAAUAUGUAGCUAUCAAACUGGAACCAAUAAAAUCACGUGCUCCACAGCUCCAUUUAGAGUACAGGUUUUAUAAACAGCUCGGCAGUGCAGGUGAAGGCCUCCCACAGGUGUUUUACUUCGGACCGUGUGGGAAAUACAAUGCCAUGGUGCUGGAGCUCCUGGGGCCGAGCUUGGAGGACUUGUUUGACCUCUGUGACCGAACUUUUACCUUGAAGACUGUGUUAAUGAUAGCCAUCCAAUUGCUCUCUCGAAUGGAGUAUGUGCACUCAAGGAAUCUCAUUUACCGAGAUGUUAAGCCAGAGAACUUCCUGAUUGGCCGACAAGGCAAUAAGAAAGAGCAUAUCAUUCACAUUAUAGACUUUGGGCUGGCCAAGGAAUAUAUUGACCCUGAAACCAAAAAGCAUAUACCUUAUCGAGAACACAAAAGUUUAACUGGAACUGCAAGAUACAUGUCUAUCAACACGCAUCUUGGCAAAGAGCAAAGCCGGCGGGAUGAUUUGGAAGCCCUAGGCCAUAUGUUCAUGUAUUUCCUUCGAGGCAGCCUGCCCUGGCAAGGACUCAAGGCCGAUACGUUAAAAGAGAGGUAUCAAAAAAUUGGCGACACCAAAAGGAAUACUCCCAUUGAAGCCCUGUGUGAGAACUUCCCAGAGGAGAUGGCAACCUACUUGAGGUAUGUCAGGCGACUGGACUUCUUUGAAAAACCCGACUACGAGUAUUUACGGACCCUUUUCACAGACCUUUUUGAGAGAAAAGGCUACACGUACGACUACGCCUAUGAUUGGGUCGGGAGGCCUAUUCCUACUCCAGUGGGGUCAGUUCAUGUAGAUUCUGGUGCCUCUGCAACAACCCGCGACAGCCACACGCACAGGGAGCAGCCGUCACAGCAGCCUCUUAGAAACCAGACCACAUCAACAGAACGCCGAGGAGAGUGGGAAUUCCAGCCGAGCCGGCAGACCUCGUACCUGACAUCUCACUUGGCUGCAGACCGCCAUGGGGGAUCAGUGCAGGUGGUUAGCUCAGCCAAUGGAGAGCUGAACGUCGAUGACCCCACAGGUGCCCACUCCAAUGCACCGAUCACCGCUCACACUGAGGUGGAGGUACUGGAGGAAGCUAACUGCCUGAAAAUGCUCAACCUGUGGUGCUGCUGUUUCUUUAAGAGGAAAAGGAAGAAGACUCAGCGCCACAAGUGACCAGUGCCAGCACUUGCAGCUCCUGCCAUUUCUCAUUGAAAGGGACUCCCCUGUGGGGGAGGGUGGAGAUCCAAACCAAAAAGAAGAAAACAGUUGCCCCCAGGAGGAGUCAGUGCAGGCAGCCAGGGCCUAACUGGUCAGUGGCCUGGCGGUCCUCACCCAUCCAACACUCUGAGCUGGACUCAGAGCUCUUCCACGGUUUGCCCUGGGUGCUGUCUGGCUGAUCCUCCUUCCUAUUGUUUACAGUGAAGGUGUCAUUCACAAAAACUCAAGGACUACUACUAUUCUCUUCCUUCCCCUUAGUUGACUCCUGGUUCU